CACCGCCGCCGCCUCGUCCUCCUUCGUCCAAUUCCCCACCAGCACCCAGCACCCGCCGCCGCCUCCUUCAUGGCCAACGCGGACCCGAACUCGGCCGCCUUCCUCGUCGACCUGCUGGCCGAAGAGUCUGUCACGGAGCCGCCGCCGCUGCAAGAAGGCGCCGCCGAGCCCGAGACGGAAUUCGUCCCGGUGCAGGGCGCCAACGUCGAGGUCAUCAUGGUGGGAGGGCUCCCCAUGGAGGUGGAGCCCAUGUCCCCGGACUGGCCAUUCCCCCAACCUGCUAGUUUGCAGGAGCCACCUCGGGCCUUGGGAUCCCCUUCGCACAAGCGCCGGCUUUCGGAUGACUUAGACUCUGAGCCCGAAAUGGCUGGAUUUGAUGAUGCAAUGGGACUGCCUUAUGGGACUGGCAUACACAAUGAGAUGCCUUCUCUUCCUCCAGACGCAUCAAGCACUAUAUAUGCAGAAGGUCUUCCCUCCAACAUCACUGGACGAGAGCUUGCACAUAUAUUUCGUCCUUUUAAUGGGUUUCGUGAAGUUAGGCUUGUCAACGAUAAUAGUCAUAAAAUAGCUUUUGUUGACUAUGCCACUCCAGCCGAAGCCUUUUCUGCCAUGCGGGCACUGCAAGGUUAUUGGUUGGAUAUAGAUGACCAAGACUCGCGUUUGCACCUUCAAUUAUCUCGUGAUCAGCAUUAAAUCUUGUGUAGGUCCAGAUUAUUUCUUUUAUAUCAAAAUGAAAUUAUUCAAAUUGCAACUUCUUCCUUGCUUCUACCAAAUCAUGAGUGAGAAUUUCUAGGGCAUGUCCUGGUAGACUAUGAUUAGUCAGCGCUAGAACUUGAAUCGAUUUAUGAAGUUAGCUUUACUAUAUGAGAUAUUCUCUUGUUAUGUCCUAAUGUAACCUAUCAUCUC